AAUCAUAAUACGAAAUCGAAGCAGACAGGAGGUACGCCCACAUAGAGCUACAGUGAAAUGUACAUCUAAAUGAUGUAAAUAGUCAUGGCUAUAAACAAGACAUGAAAAAUCAGUGAUCACGCCAGUCUUCGACAGAAUGAUGUUGACACAGGAUAGAAAAUAUGCAAAUGACAUUGGUUUAUCUGUUUCAAUACCGAGUAAUUAUGCUUCGAUGUGAAAGAUCAAGACGAAAUUUAUCAAGUUGAAAUGUUAUUUUAAGCAAAACAGCUUCAUAUAAAUGGAUAUUUGAUUGAUUUUAAAAUUGUAAUGGAAAUAAAAUUACCGAACAAUCGACUCUCGGAUAUUAUUGUAAUAAAUGGAGAUUCGUAACAACCUAAAUAUAUUCAUUUAAAUAUUUAGACGUAAAAAAACGGAUAUUAAUUAAUUUCCGUAACUGUGUUCAAAGAUGGCGUUCAUUACUUAGAUAAAAUAUUAGUAAAUUUAAGAUGGCAUUUAAAAUCGAAAGCAUUGUCACUAUUCUUUUCACGAUUGCCAUCAUCUUAACAAACACGAUAAUAUUGUUUGUAUUGGCAUGGACAGAUAGUCUAAGAAACAUAAACAAAAUAUACUUCGGAUCAUUGACUAUUGCGGAUUUGUGCGUAGGACUUUUCAUCACGCCAUUUGCCGUAUACAGUACUUUCAGCAAUUCAUGGAUAUACGAGGACGAAAUCUUCUGUCAUAUAGAAGCAUAUUUGAUGGCGAUAUUUUUCAUAGCUGGUGUCUAUUCGUUGUCAUGGAUAAGUGUUGAUCAUUAUUUAGCAAUUAGAAAACCUCAGAGACACAAAACUGCUAUGUCGACAACUCGAUCACUUUGCUGGAUCAUAUUUGCUUGGCUAGCUGCAUUUUGUUUUUGUAGCCCGCCCUUAUUUUCUAAAAUUCAACGUGCGUCGUAUUACGAUGAAAUUUUCAUGUGCUCAAUUGACCCUGGGCCUCAAAAACCUUACUUUGCAACUGCCGGAAUAAUAGUUCUUUGUCCAGCAUUGUUAGCACUAAUAUUUACAAAUUCGUAUAUUUUUACUGAACGUUUCCGGUCAAAGAAGCAUAUGUUUGAAAACAUAUUGAUUGACACUGCUACAAGACCAAAAAACUAUUUUAUGAACUUUGUUGUCUCGAUAGUUUUCUUUUUGUCGUGGUUACCAUGGUUAAUGUUACAAAUUGCAGGAACAUUCCUUGAAUCACAUUCCGACUAUCCACAUAAAGUCCAUUUUUACUUUCUAUGGAUUGCGAUUGGUAAUUCAUUUUACAAGUUCUUUAUUUAUAUGACAUUGAGCCUUGAUUUCCGUCGUGGGCUGAAGCAGUUGUGCUGUCAACGAGAGUGUAGCUGUAACCAAUGCACUGUACCUCAGAACGUCAGUAUAAAUUUGAUAACAGCAAAGACCUGAAAGUGAAAGUUCAAGAAACAAAACGUCAUUCGUUGACCUUUCUAAAUGAUUACUGCUGAAAAAUAUCCGGUGUCUUCUGAGUUACUUAAAGUACAGUUUGCAUUGGUUAAUGACAGGACACCACAUGAUGUUUUUUGUUGCAUGAAGUAACACCUGCAUAGGUAUUGUAAAAAUGGUUUAACAGAAAAAGAUCUAAUUGAUGUAUAAUUUUCUAAAUCUAAUUAAAAUACAGAUCCUAUGUCCACGCUUGGAACUCAAUGAUCUGACAACACUCCGUUCUACUUUCUUUUCUGGUAAUUAUUACAUCAGCCAGUAAAAUUUCAGCCUCCAAAUUUUUAAAGGCGUGUAUCAUUACGACACCACCAAAAUAUCGUAAAGGUCUUUUUAUACAGAAAGUAGAAUGGAGUGUUGUCAUAUCCUUGUUCGCAAAGCGAGAAUACAGGGUCUGUAACUAAAUCAGAUUGUAAUUUUCUGUACGUAAAAUAAUGUAUACAUUUGCACAUUUUGGUAUCAUUGUUGUUGUGUAAAUACAAUUAAGGAAAAAUCGUAAACGUUUAGUUAUUAUAUCAAAUUAUUGGGAAUUCUAAAAAUCCCUUUAUUUGAACAACAAUUGUUAAAUAAUGUUCAAAACUGUACUUAAAUAGUGACCUUGCUAGCUAAGUCACUAUCUUUUUAUAAAAUGACUUUGCAAUUUUUGAAGUUGAAAGUGUAAUCAUUAUUAUCUUAACAAUUACCAUCAUCUGUGCAAACAGAAUAAUGCUGUUUUAACAUUUAAAAAAAAUUCUAAAUCUUCCUGAUGCAUAAAAACAACUUGAAAAAUGUGCAGAUCAAAGUAAAACAUACUGGUUUUUCUGUUCGACACGCAUCUCUUGGUUUACCUUCAACAAGCAUGCCAAUAGCCAAAAAUUAGAACGCAAACAAUGUAUAAAUACAUGGGGUCUAGAGGUGUAGUGGUUUUUUUUAAUGUUUUUUGUUAUUAAAUGGUGCUCAAUUUUUGCAGACAUAAAUGAUACAUGUAGUGUAACGAUGAUAUAAUAGUUUUAAGAUGCAUGUACCAAGAUGAUUUUUGAAUAACGAAAAAUGCAGAUUUUAAAUGUGUACCAAAUUAUUACGAGUAGCUCAAGUUCAACAUUUCGGUGGAAGAUAUUUUUCAAGGAUGGUCAUCAUUAAGAAUAACUAUGUACAUGACUUAAAGGUUGUUAGCUCCAUGACUUCAUCUUUUUUAUCUUUACAUUACAAACUGAAUGACAGGAUGGCAUCACAUGACCUUAUGAUACUGUGCGGUUAGUGAAAAAAUCAUGGUUCAUUGAUCUUUGUCACACUGGCAGUCAUGAUUUGUUCAAGUCGGAAUCGAUUUCAUUUUAACCGUUUUUCCUGUUAACUGGCUACAUUGUUAAAUCUUAACUUGAAUGUAAAUUAAAAGUAUGACGUGGGACCAAAUAUUUAUUUCAAAUUUCUAUUCAGGGAAUGUAUGUUUGUUUUAAAGAAUAAAAUAUUUACAUUAGGAUCAAGAGUUUCCAAGAUAACGACAGAAAGCAUUAUGGCCAUUAUUACUUAUAUUUAUUUUUUCUCAGAUAAUUUCAUUUUAAAUUUUAAUGAAAUGUAAGUGAAUAUCAACGUGUUAUU